GCACAUCACCGCAGGCGGUGACUUCAACAGCAGCUCCGCAAAAGUUAAACAGACGGACAAUGCGAAGAGAAGUCGCCUAGAGAGGGAAGAGCACUCAAGUUUUAUAACAGUACCGUCUACAAAUCAAGCGACUCUUUUCUAUGAAGAGCUGCGUUUACUGCAGAUAUAUUAUGUUUUUGUUUUUGUAGCUGUAACCUCAGAAUGGUAGGUGUAACAGUGACAGUUACGGACAACGUAGUUUAAAACGUUUCACCAAACCAACGUCAGCUGAACGACAGUUGUCAGUAAACGUUUGUUUGUCAGUCAGUCAUCGUUUGUUGAUCCAGUUCUUGUUUACUCUCGCGUUACUGCUCGGUUAGCGUUCACCCAAACUCUAAGCUUAAAACUCUGAAGGCUGUUUAACGUGGUUCGCAUUGAUACAACAUCAUCUCUCAUUGUCUACGGAUCAAAAGGAUUUCUAUUGGAUUAUAGAUAAACACUGGACAUUAAUUUACAUAAAUCUGGGUAAGUACUGUUAACAUAUGUUUACAUUUACUUGACCUUUCGAAGCUUAAUUUGUGCAUUUGGGUGAAUGCAAGUAGCUGCCAUCUCCAGAAAUCAAUCUUAAUAAGGGCAUUGAAACGUAGACAGAGUUAGAUAAUAAUGCUAAUUUGCUGCAUUUGUUUUAACUAUCAGCAGGUGGGGCACUGACUUAAAUACUCAGGUUAUGUAACAACAUUUAAAACAGAGAAAACAGCUGUGUGACAAAAACUAGCACUCUUCCCUUUAUCUGAGACAGUUACCUGGGGAAAUAGCCUCACAGUGUUGGUGACACAGUGUGUAUCACCAAGCAAGGUGUGAUGCCAGAGAGGAUUUCCCCAAAACGAUAAGACAUUGCUGGUUGAAACAUGCUGCAGCACUCUGGGAUUAUAUGAUGCAUGUUCAUAUCACAUCUUAUCUUAUAGUGUAUGAUUAUCUGAAUUAUUUCACUUCUUUAGGGACGUCUGAGAGGCAAACGUUUAAUAUGACACCCUCCAACAGGGUUAUAUUUGAUGUUGUUUAUUUUAAGCUUAAUUAAACAUCAGAGUUCGCAUGUGGUUGAUCGUGUUUCUUCGACAGGAGCUGAAUGGCCUCCGUUGUUGCAGUGAAAACUGAGAAGCGACCUGCAGCUGAUUCUCAGGAUGCAGACUCAAAUGCAAAAAAACCCAGGUAAGCUCAGUUGCUGCAGAGCUCACUGCAGGUCUAUAAUACAUGCACACGUUCACUCAUCAGGGCUGCUUAUGAAAUCAGCAUUUGUUUGGUUUAGUUCCAAUUUUUUUCAGCGCAAAAAAGGCUGGCUGUAGUUUCACACUGAAUCUCUAUAACCAUGCUCAUGUAUUCACUUUUUACCUCAAAAGGAAACUCCUGCCAAGCUUAAAGACAAAGCGAGCCCCUGAGCUUGUCCUGGUGAUCGGAACAGGGGUGAGCUCCGCAGUGGCGCCUCAGGUCCCUGCACUUCGAUCCUGGAAAGGCCUCAUUCAAGCCUUGCUUGAUGCAGCCAAUGACUUUGACCUAUUAGAAGAGGAGGAGAGCCGGCGUUUCCAGAAGCACAUGCAAGAAGAUAAGAAUUUGGUGCAUGUGGCCCACGAUCUCAUCCAAAAACUUUCCCCGGUGAGUCUGCCAAAGCUCUUCUUCUUACCUCGCCUCUGCACCCCACCCUGUUGCACAUGUACAAACACAUGGUAGACAUACUGUCAGCUCUGUCCUCCCCUCAGCCUGGGACAUUUUGUUUCAACUUGCACGGAUUGAGAUAAGGCAUCUUAGCUGGAUCUCAUUAAAAGACAUAUAGCCAAUGGCAGAGGGAUUCUAUAUGGGUCUUUUUCUUAGAAAAUUGUUUUCGUCAAUACAAACAAUCUAUCAAGUUAAUCUCAUGGAAUCAAUCAGCUCAACCAAGACAAAGGGUGUUUUUGUUUCUUUUCUGUUUAUUAGAUUUCGAAGAAACUUGCAAAAAAACUCAAAGAUGAAGUGAAGUUAGCUGAAACAAAAAUGUUUUAUUUUUAUUAACUGUUCUCUGUCUUCCAUGAUCAAGGCUAUAAAAAUACAAAUUUACUGCACAUGUAAUGCAUACAAACUAUACUCAGUGAAGAAUAAUGAAAAAAGCUCUAACUUUGAGGUAUUUAAGCUGUUCCGGUCAUGUGGUAUUAUUUUUAUUAGGGCCUGACCGAUAUGGAUUUUUUGGGGAUGAUGCUGAUACCGAUUGUUAGGGGGGAAAAAAUUCAAUUACCGAUUAAUCGGCCGAUUUUUAAAAUUUUUUUUAUGAAGUUAUAAAAAAUAUAUACUGUAGAUAUCUACAGAAUACUGUAGAUAUACUGUAGGCUACUGCUCUUUACGCCGACAGCAAGACCGACUGAUCAAAAUCGGACCAGAAAAGCGUUGCCUUCGCAUCUUAACUCACGUUACACUUUUCUGGUCUGGUUUCAUCUGGAGACAUGCAGCUGCGUCAGUAAGAGAAGUAGCUCGAUCAUGUAAUGUUCACUGUUGUUUAUUCUACCGUUACUGGCAUGGCUAACAGUGUAGCAAGGCUAAUAGCAGAUGGCUAACUCUAAUUUUAGCUUGCAUAUUACACAGUGCUUCACUGUUAACUUGGUGUGACCGAGGCCAGCACAGUGGGGAACAUCGUAAAGUGAGUUGAACUGAAACUUGUUGACUUGUUGUGUAUUUCACAAACUGGUUUAUUUACCGUUGAGGCGGACCACUCUCCUCUGUGCGUCCCAGAACUGCCUGCUUCAGAUCCGUCACUCUGCUGUGCUCUGAGGUAGUUAGUGGAUGAACAUUGUCAUGAGGUCAUGAGGUCGGUCAGGCCCUAAUUUUUAUGCCUCUUUUUUCCCCCAUGAAAUGUUGUUCUUUGCAAGAGAAACUUCUAAAUUUGAUCUCUAACUGUAGAGCUCUCAUAAUUUUGCUACCACCAAUAACCCUGCAUGAUUACUCAUAUUUAGUAUCUAUUUCAGUCUCAUUUAUCAACAUUUUUCUUAACUAUCUCUGCUAAAUCGAGUAUCCUUAAUGCUCAUUCAAGAGGCAAACACUGUAGAUUGGAACUUUCUGAAUUCAAAUCAGUAAUGCUAUGUGGCGUCACUGCAGACCACUUACAAGUUUGUUGAUUCAAUCUAGUCCACCAAAAUUAAGAACCUUUUUUCAUACAAAUCACUACAACUAGAACCUUACAAGAGACAUCAUCAUCUACAAGAAAUGUUUACUGGCUCAAGAAAAGUUAUUGUUCUUCAGCAACUCAGACGAAGAACCACUGAUUGUAGUUAUUAAACUAUGCCCCUCUAAACCAAUUCACAGUAACAAACAGACGGUGAAUUGAAAAAAACAUUUUGAGAUUCUAUAUCAGAAACAAAUCUCUUCAUAUUGAACCGGUCUGGUCUGGAGCAGGGCUGGCAGAUGGGAGCCUUAAUACCGUUUGCCUCCUGUGUUAGUCAUGUCUCAUCGCACCUUUGACAUUGAUAAAACACUCUUUGUUUCAGCCCUCAGCCUGUUGUCACAAAGGGAACAAACAGCGCUUUUAUGGCUUUAUCCAUCGUGUUUAUUUCAAUCCACAGUCGUGCAGACACUAGCCUACUGCUGUUGGCUACAGGCACAACAGGCUUUAGCAUGCUGAGGAAAAAAACAAGCAUAGACUAAUGUGAACCAGCAGACCCCCAGCUGAUUACGGGAGGGGACAUGUGUCACAAUUUGAUUCACAAAACCCAAAUACAAAUGUCUUUUGUUGUAGUUGGCAUCAGACUCUACAGGGGGAGAUGCAAAAUAGAUUUAUGCUCGUGUGUGAGUCUGAGUGCAUUUGACAUUACACAUUAGGUAUUUAGAUCAAAAUACUCAGGAAACAGGAGGUUUUCAGGACUGCCCUCAACCCAGUUAAUUCGAAUAACGAAAUGCUGUGAGAGUUUAACCCCUUUUCCAUGGUAAGCAGCUAAGUUAUGGUGGACUCACUGCACGAAGAAUUGGGUUAUGAGGGUACUGGUAAUCUGAAGUUAAAACUCAUGAGAAUGUGUUUGUAGCAAAUCCUAUCACACAUUUGGCCUUUGCAAAAAUUAGGUUAAUGACCAGCUCUCACUGACCAGAGUAAAUGCUCAAAUCAAGCAAGAAAUAUACACAAGGAAAUUCAGAAAAGCGUGAGGAGGAAACACUCAAUACUUUCUUUUCACAGAUAAUCUGAAAGUUUUUUUUUUUAAUAAUGACUCCCUCUACAUACCUUGUUGCGAAAGAAGAACUUAACCUAUAUAUGUAUAUCUACUUCUAAAGUACUCUGGUCUCUUUUGCUGCACAGCAUUACUUUUCCAAAACUAACUAAAUAAGUAUUUGUCUAGCUAUUACUUUUAGUAUGCACUUACUGUAUACAUGAUGACUCGAAGGUCAUCCUGAGCUAGCAUAAUCUAGGAUAAAAUUGAUUAGAAUGCUGUUGGUUUAGGAUUAUUAUUUAUAAUGCAGAGAUGUUUAUUUCCCAUUGAUGUGUUCUUACAUAAGGCCAAUGACAGUGUGAUUACAGUGUGUGCUGUAGGCACUAGUUGUGCAUAAUAAGUGUCUUCCUGUGGAAAGGACUACUGCUGUUUAGCCCAUUAGGGCUGUAAUCUCUUGAAGUCAAGUCAGUGGAACAUUUCCCUGUACUAGGAUCACCUUGGUCACUGCAUCUCAGCUCUACCUUUGCUAUUCUUAGCUACCCAACUCUUCCUGUGUGAGAUUUAGACUACGAAGUCUCAGCCCUAAAUCUCUUUGCAGACUGAGUGAGUAUGUGAGUUGCUGCUUGAAGAUGAACAGGAUCAGAGAGGUUGAUGGAAAAACUGCUUGAUAGAGAACAAAGAAACUCUUAAAGAGCUAUAGUGAAAACCAGUACAACAUCCAGACACCCCUGAAAUUCCACUUGAGAGUUUAAGCCAUUUAAAAGUCCUGUAUUGAGGCCAGACUGUAACUCAGUCUGGGCUCAAAUGCUUAGUUUGUUUGUUUUUUUUUUUUUAAGCACAACUGGUCCUCAGGUCAGUUGUGCUUAUGUGAUUGGUGAAACUGUGUCAUCAAGAAUUCAAUCCUAUUAAAACGGCUGCGUUAAGUGGGUAAAUGAAAGAGUGCUUGUUGUCACAGUUGCUGUAUUUUAACAACAGCCUACUCAUGUUGUAUUUAUUUUAUACCACGUAGUAGUCCCCUAAAAAUUCAACAGAAUUUUGUUGUAGUCCCAGUGAAUCAACAGUGUCAUUUUCAGUGAAUAUCAGACUGACAGUCAGAGAUUGGAUUCUCACUGCUUGCAGAUCUUUAGUUUGGAUUAAUGUUAGGGGUGUCCCGCUGCAACUUUUACAUCCAAUGCGAUACCGAUAUUAUAACUUCAGUAUUGGCCGAUACUGAUAUUGAUCCGAUAUUUUUCACUCCUUGCUACUUUGUGAUCAGGUGGGCUCUGCAUGCUGGAUCUGGACGUGCUAGAUAGAGGUGCUUGAGCGGAGGCUGGAAUGGAGUGCUUGUAUCGAAGUGCUGAUAUCGGAGAUUUUAGAUGCAGGUCGAUAUAGUCUGAUACGUUGAUUUGCUGAUAUCUGACCAAUAUCAAUAUUGUAUCAGGACAUCCCUAAUUAAAGUGUUGCUCAGUAGAAGAAUUUAUAACGUCAUACAUCUACUAUAUCAAAUUUCACCUUUCACUCUGUUAGUCUGGGACAUUUGUAUCAAUGCUAAUACUUUCACUAAAAUUCACAGCCAGAACUAGAACUGAAAGGAGACACCUUUAAGCCUUGGAUAAGCCGUUUACUUCCUCUUUGUCAACAAGCUCACAGCACUGAACUUCUCCUUCCCAUUUACUGCUCUUAUAGCGCAUUCAGCCAUGUCUUUACAUUGGUUGAUAAGGACCAUAUGGCCUUACAUUACGAGUGCAUCAUAGGUUGAUUGCCUUGUCAGUUGCAGAUCAAAAAGUGCUGCAGCAUCCAAGUAUUUAUGCAUUAAAUACUUCUAAUAAUAAACUAUAAAUGAUCAACAAACUUGAAUUCAGAAUUUCACCUCUGCAGCUGAAGACUUCUCAGAUUAUUUGCUACAUAAUGUCUGUGUAUAUAAAACUAGGGCUGUCCCGAUACGACAUUGAUAUUGGUCCGAUAUCAGCCAAAAGACAAAUAUCGGAUUAUAUCGGCCUGCAUCUAAAAUCUCCGAUAUCUGCACUCAGAUACAAGUAGUCCAUUCCAGACUCCACUCCGGCACCUCUAGCUAGCAGCGCCUGGUUUCGGCAUGCAAAACCCACAUGACCACAACAGUAGUGUGUACUAAGGUACAAACAAAGUAGCAAGGAGUAAGUAUGAUGUCGGCUGUGUGGCAGUAUUUUUCGUUAAAGUCCGAAAAAGACGUUGCAGCUAAAUGCACAACUCGUCAUGCACAAGUUUGUGCCAAUAUCCAAUCAAUAUCGGUAUCGCCGAUACUGAAGGCUACAAUAUUGGUAUCGUAUCGGAGGUAAAGAAGUUGUAUCGGGACACCCCUGUAUAAAACAAUUAAAAUGGUGCGUUCCACCCCUUUUGCAUUUCCUGUUAAUACUAAUUCAUGUAUUCAUUUUGCAGAGAACAGGCAAUGUGCGAUCAACAUUCUUCAAGGACUGUCUGUAUGAGGUGUUUGAUGACUUGGAGUGCAAGAUGGAGCACGCAGGGAAACAUCUACUGCGCUCUGUGCUGCAGUUAAUGGAGAGCGGCGCACUCGUUCUCACCACCAACUUUGACAACCUGUUGGAGAUCUAUGCCGCUCACCAGGACACCAAACUGGAGUCUCUGGAUCUGACAGAUGAGAAGAAGGUAUUGGAGGCUUUGGGAUUGAUCCUUUCUAUCACAAUACAUGCAGUCAGCUUUUUCAGAGCAAAGGUCACUGGAGCACAUGAUGUAAUUUAAAGGGGCUUCAAAUUUUAGGUUUUAAGCUAGAUCUCAGAUGAUCUUACCUUGAAUCACAAAUAGACUUAAAUAUUGACAGGAAAUGUUUUUUUCUGUGUGUUAUAUCGAUGAUGUUACUUUACAGUGAAGUUCCUGUUUGUAGAACUAAACAGAUAAUGCUUUGACCUGAAGGAGCCUUUGUCUCUGGCAGGUGGGGAAAGGUUAAAGUUCUAGGCAUUACUCGGCUGCUGUCAAAUUUUAUGGAUGGAACAAUAUUUGCUUUUGACUAAAGACUUCACUGAGGGAGAAAUCCCCGUAGAGAUAGGUUAGGGUCCUGUCUGACUAUACUUCUUUUGUUAAUUCUCAGUUUAUAAACCACGUCUUUCUCAUCCCUGUGCAUUUGAAGAUUGAUUACUUUUAAAAAUUGAGCACAGACUUGCGAGAAUUGAUCUGAGUUUUCUGAGAGACACAUUGCUUUGCCUCUCAGUCCUGGUAUUUAUGCCCCAUCUCCAUCAGGGCUAAUAUCCUCUCACUUCUGUUUACUGAUUUUACUCCCUGCCCAGCCAGAACAGGAAUGAGUGCAAUGGACUGUUAACAGCGUGCUUUUAUGUGUGCAUAUGUGUGUGUGUGUGUCUAGGUAUUGGAGUGGGCUCAGGAGAAGAGGCGGUUAAGUGUUUUGCAUAUCCAUGGCGUUUACACCAACCCCAGUGGUAUCGUACUGCACCCUGCUGGCUACCAGAAUGUACUGAGGAACACUGAAGUCAUGGUAAGUCCUCACUUAAGUUUUGUUUCUCUACGAGCAACUUUUCCAGAAAACAGAUUCUUCACAUGAUUCCAUAAAUACAAUUUGAAGUAGCGUUUUGUUUGUUUACGAAGUGGUAUAAACCAGUGAUACUUUUAAAAUGGAGGCUUUUGUUUAAGUGUAGUAAUAAAUAUACCCACUGGUUUCAACAGCGGGAGAUCCAGAAGCUGUAUGAGACCAAAUCUUUUGUGUUUCUUGGCUGUGGCCGCACAGUAGACGACACAACCUUCCAGGCUCUGUUCUUGGAAGCAGUCAAACACAAAUCAGACCUGGAACACUUCAUGCUUGUACGGCGCGAGGAUGUGGGUGAGUUCAAGAAGCUGCGGGACAACAUGCUGGACAAGGGCAUCAAAGUCAUCUCCUAUGGAGACGAAUACGCUGACCUACCUGAGUACUUUGAGAGGCUGGCCAAUGAAAUCUGCAACCGAGAUGUGUCAAGCAAUGGCUGGGGUAAGGUGGAUGACACUCGUUCACUGAUCUUUUCAGCUCAAUGGAAGUCUUAAAAACACCAGAGCCAACCAGAAUCAGAAUUUAGGGGAAAGGAAUGGUGUCACAAAAGACGAUGUGUGGUUGUAUUAUUAAAGAAGUGGAUUCCAGUUUUCUUUUAGAUUCACAAAAGUCAGAACGGCCUCUGCUACCUCCAUUUUGAACCAUCUAUUUUUAAUAAGCCCACAGUGAGUUCCCUAGCUAAUAGGAAGAACAAGAUUAAAGUAUCAGGUGACAAAAACGCACGCUGAAUGUAUUACAAAAACGUUUGUUUCUUACGAGAAGCUAAAAAAAUCUCUUUUAUUCGUGGGAUUAUUAUUUUUUUGUUAAUCAAAAACUCUGUUUAAAAAAAAAAACAGGUUAGUAGCACCUUAUGUGUUUUACUGAAAGGCUAUCUCAGCCUGGUUGAGGUAUUUUAUCUUGCUCAGAAGGAUAGGUAAAAACCAAGUAAACCUGUCAAAGAGUUUUCAGGUUGUGUUACUUUCUUGCUGCUUUACUUCUGACAACCUCAUCUACUUCUGUUAUGUAAUCCCUUUUUUUCUCCUGUAUUUUCAGGGUCUCCCUCACAAAAUGAGGAGGAACAGCAGAAUGGCUUUAACUCACUGAAAAGCCUCCUGCAAGGUUAGGACUGAAGGCUUCUCUUUGGCUUCAGGCAGUGGCCACUUGCAAGAAACAUUUCUGGAGUAAAACACAAUAAAAGUUCUGUAAAGAUUGUAUCCCUAAUGCUUGCUGAUAGUUAAAAAGAAAGAGAAAAAAAAAAGUCUGUACGGGAUUUUCCGUAUCAAAGACUUGCUCACGUUACUUUCCACAGAGAUACAGCUGACUUUGUGGGAUUUCAGGCUGGGAAGUCAGGUGCAACUUUUCCAUUGAUGCUCUUUGUGUUCCCAAGUGUCACUUUAGCCCUUUACUUCUUUUUUUACCCCACACUAUCAUUUUUAACAAACACACAGUCAUGAUAAGACUCAUUCAUUUUUCUUCAUUGACAGAAUUAUGUUUGUUGUGAAGUACUGGAGUAUGAUUUCAGUCACUAGAUUUAGGAUUUAGAAAGAGUCUGGACCAGGAGAGAUCUUUCAGUCAUUGUCAGUAUCAGUUUACAGUUAUCGAUCAUCAUUUCCUUUAUUGAUUGUUGUUCAAAGGGAAAGGAAAACUUGAAGUAACUGUCAAUGUAAAUACCCAGCCUCACUGUAUCACCGUACUAUACUUGAAUGUUGCUCAACAUUUGGGAAGCAACAGCUGAAGAAAGUUUUUCUUUUUCUUUUUUUUUUAUUUUAUAUAUUUAGACAACGGAAAGGUCUUCUUUCACAUCAACCUGACAAACUUCAUAACUGAAUCCAUUGUUUGGAUUUGGAAAUGAAGUGACGCAUUUAAGUUUAAAUGAUCAGCCUUGUAUGAAUCUGGGUUCAAGCUGUAAUGAACAUCACGUAAAUCUUAAUUAAAAUCAGUCCUUUGCUGGUAUGUAAGGGUUGUAUCUUUCAUGCCCUACCAUAGAACCAUAAAGAAACUUGUUUUGCACACUACUGGAUGAGGAAUGGGGACAGGUGGAAAUAGGUCGAUGUCAUGGUCACACAACUUACAAGUUGCUAUAAUGUCCUUUUAAAGUUAAAGGUACAGUGUGUAGAUAUGGGAAUAUUGAGCAACAUCUAGCAAGCGGAUUUUAAGAGUCAAAUACUCCCUUGCUCAUCCUGUCUUUUGGUGAAGCUUAAGAGUUGAGAGUGUUCAAGUGGUCUUCAAUGGCCUCUGCUGUGAUGUAUGGUAAGUAUGAUCCUCUAUUUAAGUUUUUACUGUCAAAAACAUCUAUGAAUUUAUAUUCUAAUGCGCACAAUAACCAAUCUCUUACUCUUUGUCUUCCAACCGAUGCAUUUUUGGCGGCUGCUCAUUUAGAAUAAAAAUGUGCAUGGCUGUUACUAGUUGAUCCAUAAUGUGUUUCUAGAGAAACAUGGCAGUUGUAGAUGAUAGUCUCAAUGGAUGGGGACCUGCUCCUUGAAAAGUUAACUCAAACAAAACCAUUUCUUUAUGUGAUUAAACACUCACUGAAACAUAAUACCAUAAUCCAUUUCUACUGUGUUCCUUUUACUGAAUGCCAAUAAAUACUACACACUGUACCUUUAAGAAAAAAAACACAUUUCAAAGGCUCCUAGCUGGUAGCAAUCACUUUUCCACUCCUGUGCUGAAAAUGUCCUUUUUAAGCCUUUUUUUGUAUUUUUAUUACUUUCAUGUGUUUUCUGAUGUAGCAUUUAUAUGUACUAUUUUCAAAAUAAAGCUUUUGGUAUCCCA